UACGUACCUACUGGUAGAAUCAAGUCCGAGAAUGGUUCCGAGCGUGGUGUCUCACCUCACCCCUCGGACCCUUCGUCACGUUAUUCAUCUCAAGCUCCUCCUGCCAUCCACCCGGCUGCCUAUCCCCCUCAAGGCCUGAACAGUCUGGGUCCUAGCAUGCGCUACCCUUCGCCCUCUCAGUUGCACCAGCAGAUGCCUUUGAUCCAACACAGCUACCAUCCCGCCUCAAACGACCCAACAUAUGCUCAACCACCCAUGAACGCAGCCCCGCCACCGGUUCAAGAUCAGCAGCCUCAACAAGAAGGUACCCAGCGAAGCACUGGCAGCGGUCUGCCCAAGGCUUUCGCAUGCUCGACCUGUGGCAAGGGAUUCGCUCGCAGAAGUGAUCUCGCCAGACAUGAACGCAUUCACAGCGGAGUGCGUCCUCACGUAUGCGACUAUCCAGGCUGCGGAAAGCAGUUCAUUCAGCGUUCUGCUCUCACAGUUCACUCUCGUGUUCACACCGGAGAAAAGCCUCACAUGUGUGAGCGCUGCGGCAAGCCCUUCAGCGACUCUUCGUCCCUUGCGCGUCACCGCAGAAUUCACUCUGGCAAGAGACCUUACAAGUGCCCCUAUGCCGACUGCCAGAAGACUUUUACGCGUCGCACAACUCUGACGCGUCACCAAAACCACCACACCGGUACCAUUGAAGAAUCAGCCGCUGCCACAGCUGCGGCCUUGGCCUCGCGUGCCUCGAUGCAGACGCGUGGCUCGCGUUCUGAUGGAGAAGAAUACUCGGAGAACAAGUCGCCAAUGCCUACACCCUCUCCUCACGACCGCCCUGUCUCGAUUUCACCUGCUGGAGGCAUGAACGGCGUUGCUGCGCUUCAGCGCUCGACUUCGGACUACUACAUGAACGCCAUGAACGGCGGCAUGACGAUGCCUCCACACAUGCGCAACGAGAUGGCCACGCACAGCCCGCGCUCCGCCUCUCCAGCCAAUUCUCACUACUCAAUGCCCAGCUCCGCCAGUCAAGCCCGCCAGCCAUUGACAUCUCACCCGGGCGCAUACCCUCUUCCUUCGACGCUCGAACCCCCUACCACAAACCCCCCGAGCCAGAAUGGCAGCGUUGGUGGUAGCCCCCACAUGGGCGGCUCCGGCUGGCAAUCUCCCGCUCAUCAAUCGAUUGGAGGGGCCCAGCAGGCAGACUACUCGUACCCUGAUCCUAACACGCAGCAGUACGUUCAAAACGCACAGAACCUGUAUUACCAGAACCAAAACAUGCGUCGUCCUCAGAGCACGGAUCCCAUGGACCCUUACCACGCACAGCGCAUUGGCCACGUUGGACAGGAGCUCUGGGCC